GUGGGGGAUUGCACCUUUUGACCCACAAAAAGGAUGAGAAAAUUAUGUGAGAGGGAGAUGAGAACGACGACGAAGCUCUGUGUUCUUUCUUGCCUCCUCUUAUCGUGAAAAUAAACAUACUUAGGAUCGUAGAAGAGAGAAAAUAAGAAGAAAGAUGGUAGGAAGCAAAGAAAAAUCGAAAGAGAAACGAGAUAAGAGACUCCAAGAGAUCUCCCUCCUUCGUACUAUUCCCUAUUCUGAUCACCAGAGGUGGUGGACCUCUGAAACCGUGGCGGUGGUAACAGGUGCGAAUAGAGGAAUAGGAUUUGAGAUGGUGAGACAAUUGGCUGGACAUGGACUAACAGUUAUUCUAACAUCAAGAGACGAGAAUGUAGGCGUCGAAGCCGCCAAGAUCCUUCAAGAAGGUGGAUUCAAUGUUGAUUUCCACCGCCUCGAUAUCUUGGACUCUUCCUCAAUCCAAGAGUUUUGCGAAUGGAUUAAAGAAAAAUAUGGAUUUAUUGAUGUUUUAAUUAAUAAUGCAGGAGUAAACUACAAUGUUGGAUCAGAUAACUCUGUUGAAUUCUCGCAUAUGGUUAUAUCUACCAACUACUAUGGCACCAAGAACAUAAUCAACGCCAUGAUUCCACUAAUGAGACAUGCUUGUCAAGGAGCUCGUAUUGUCAAUGUCACUUCAAGGCUCGGUAGAUUAAAAGGCCGACACAGUAAACUUGAGAAUGAAGACGUGAGAGCCAAGCUUAUGGAUGUGGACUCUCUAACUGAAGAAAUCGUUGACAAAACAGUAUCAGAGUUUUUGAAACAAGUGGAAGAAGGAACAUGGGAAUCUGGAGGUUGGCCACAUUCCUUCACAGACUACUCUGUCUCCAAAAUGGCGGUGAACGCAUACACAAGAGUACUAGCUAAAGAACUAUCCGAGAGACCAGAGGGAGAGAAGAUAUAUGCAAACUGUUUUUGUCCCGGUUGGGUGAAAACCGCAAUGACAGGCUAUGCAGGGAACGUUUCAGCAGAAGAUGGAGCUGACACUGGAGUCUGGCUUGCAUUGCUUCCUGAUCAAGCUAUCACCGGAAAGUUCUUCGCCGAGAGACGUGAGAUCAGUUUCUAAGGAAAAGAUUGGAUAAGACUUGUUUGGUGUUCUACAAGAGUUUAUAUUGAAGUUAGUUUUUUAGUUGAUUGCUAUAUUUACAAGAAUCGAUAUGAAGAAACCAUUUCUCUAUGAAUAUAAUUUAUUUUUCUUCUUGAUCAUUUUUUUUGGUUUAUCAAUAUGUUCGUAGUGAUAUAAUUGUC